ACUACUUAUAAACGAUAAUUAAUAAGCCGCAUUGCGAUGAAUUUCCCGUUAAUAUUUCAUGGUCCAUACACAGAAGACAAAUAUAAUCAGUUUUUCAAUCCAAACGUUUGUCAUGUUUGCAAACUGCACAGCAGAGACUUGAUAACGUGUAAUCGGUGCAAUAUGAUUUCUUACUGUUCCAAGGAGCAUGAGGCGAUACACAGAAAUUCACACUCUGAGAUCUGCAAAGCUAUAGGAAGGGUAAUAACAGACAAAUCAUUCUCGGAUAUAUAUCCUAGUUUGGAAAAAUGGACAGAAUCACGUAAAGGAAUUUUACAUCAAACACGCUCUAGUCUGUCACGUGGUAUACAGCGAUACGAAAUGGAAAUGAUAUUGUGCGCAAAAUCUUGUUGUGUGUGUUUCCGACAGACAAACAUAUGGCACUGCAACAUUUGCUAUUCAGCCCAUUUUUGUCAUGAUGACCAAAAGUUAUUUAAAGUAUUGCACAAGAAGUAUUGCCCCCGAGUUGUUGCUAUUACUGAAUAUGAAUAUCGCCCAUAUAAACGGCUUUACAGAAGAUAUUUUUCUUCAAGAAGGAUGAAUCAAAUUUAAUAUCUCUUUCAAAGAAUACACGUAAAUAUAUCAUUCAUGUUAUAGAUGUAAACAAAACGGAUAGUAACGGAUAGUAAAGUAUUUGAAAAUGUGGCAUGUUUUCUUACAUUUCUUUAUACAAACGAAGGAACUGUAUAUUGUAUUUAUAAAUUCAUUAAAUUUUGAAUCAAGCGAUUUAGGAUUUGUCUGUACUAAGUGCAAACAGUAUAGACAGAAACUUUACAUUAGAAACGUAUCAGAACAAUAUCACGAUUUUGUACGCUUAGAUUCAUAUGAAAAACCAAAUGUAAUCAUACUGUUUGAAAUAGAAUGGCUUUUCAUAGAUAUAUGGUCUAAAUCUUUAGAAACAAUAAUAGCGCAAGAGUGUCCAGUACUUUUAACUACUGUUUCGGAAAAUACAGUACAAGAAUGUAUAGACAAGAUACAAGAACAAACAGGUACAACCAGAAAUCGAUUACACAGAGAAAAUAAAUUCCGCGGUUAUGUACCACAUAGAAAUUAUACGACUGGUGGAUUUUAUUACCGAAAUGCGCAUUUUAUUAUGUAUUCAUAAAUUUAAAUGACAUGACCGGCCCAGUCAACGGCUGAAGGUUAUGUAUUUUUUUAUCUUAUUUUUAUUUUGGCAUAGUUAAUAGAACUCAAUUCUUAAUAAUAUUCGAGAAAAAAUUAUAAAUUUUUUACUGAGGCAUAUAUUUAGUCAUAAAUUAAUAGUAUUCUUAUAAAAAUAUAUUUGCUCAUUUAUCAGUAUAUAAUUUAUUAGGAUAUAGUGUGUUAGUAUAUAGUUUCUCAUCUUUUCAAAAUAUGCAAAAUAUAUCGUAUAUGAAGUCAUAGAAUACUGGCCAUAUAAAUAUAGUUUCUUUAAAUUUUACAAUUCUUUACAUGCUAUACCAUAAUUAUAGUACUAUAAUAUAAUUAUACCAUAAUUAUGUUAUAGUGAAUAUUAAAUGUAUCUAUGAUCAUUCUAUGCCUAUAACUGAGUUGUAUGUAAUUGUUUUAUUAAGAAUCUGUAUUUCAUUGUUUAUGUUCUGCAAGUGAUAGGUGAUGAUAGUAAUCUCAAUAUUUUUUAUGUGGAUUAUUUUCUUCAAGCUGUGUUUUGUAAUUAAUAAUUAUAACUCGCUAAUAUCGACUUUUCCAAUUGAAUUUGUCAAAAUAUAGUAAAAAAUAUGAAAACAAACCUGGAACUGUUAGCGUCUCCCGAGUUAUUAUCUGUAAUUGUAAAUUAAAUACAAGUGUAAUCAUAGUCGGCAAUAAAAUAUAGAUCUUUUAAUAGUA